GCGACCAAAGCAAUGAAAACCAUGUGGAGUCCAAGUUCAGUUCUCUUCCUGGUCCUGGGAACUUUGGUUAGCCUUAGCGGUAUCACAGCUGCCGAUGCCACCAAUGGAACAAAUCUGGGAUUCAUCACCAUACCGUCGCAGGCUCAAGUGUGCCAGUGUUCGCUCUCAUUGUCCUGCAGCUGUUGCCAGAGCAUUACGGUGAACGCCAUCAAUGAGACCAAGACUCUGUGUCUGACACUCAAAAUUAACGUGCUCAGUGCAUCGGUGGACGUGGGUGUCACCAUGGAUGGCAAUUCGGUGACAAAGUUCACCAUCAGCACCAAGACACCACCCACUGCCUGCCUGCCACUGCUCUCGGUGGUGACUCCUCUGGACAUCUGCCUCAAGCUGAACAUCAAAAUGGCUGGCCUGACGGGCCUCAAGGCCUGUCCCACGUUCUACACCAGCUACGACAGCAAUAAUGUCUUCAGCUACGAUUUCCCGUGCCUGCAGUUGGGCAUGGAUGGAAUAAGUUUGGUGUAA